AUGCUGAUAACAGUAGCCUCCUCCACCCAGCCGGGUUCCCAUCACCACCCCCUCUCUCCCCCUCCCACCCUCCCAAAGCCCGGGAAGGACAACCUGCGGCUGCAGCGGCUGCUGAAGAAGGCAGCCAGGAAGAACGCCACGCUCGCCACGGAGCAGGGCAAGUCCUUCCGCUCCAGCCUGUCGCCCGUGAACGAGGCCAGCCCCGACCAGGAGCGAGCUGAGAGCGCGGCCCCGGCAGAGGCCCCUGAAGCCACAGCAGCCCCCUGUGCCCCCCUGCCCGCCCACCUCUCCGUCAGGCCCGUCCAGCACCGCGCCCCCUCGCCCUUCCGAAAGGGGAAGCCCUUCACACUGAAGGUCACCGAGCAGCGGCGCAUCGCUGAACACGUCAAGCUCACAACCUCCUCGGCCAUGCCCCUGCUACAGAAGCCAGGAGCCCCUGAGACUCCACAGCAGCCUGAGGGUGUGGAUUCCCACCUUUCCUCUCCACCAGACUCUUCAGUAUCCUUUUUCCCCCAGCCUCCUCCUUCCAAUACACCCAGUAAAGAAAGGGCACCAGAGGUUACCUAUGUCACCAAGGUGAACACUUAUUUCCACAGUGUCAAGCCACCCCGGGCUAAGACCCCCACACCAAACCCGACCCAAGGAACUGUCAGCCAUGAAGACAGAAGGCCUACUUCCCCAGCCCCUCAAACAAGCAGCUCUGAACCCCCUUCAGAGCAGACACCCACCUCACUUGAAGACAGCAAGGCCGCUCCCCCCUUGCCAGAACCUCCCCUCCUUCCUGCUGCAGAGACAGAGCCUCCUGUUCAAGCUCCCAAGCCUGUUCCUGCUGAGAAGCCAAGCACCUCUGAUGCCCACACCAAUAAGCCUACAACCCAUGGAAGUGACACCGAAGUAUCCAAAUCCAAGACAGCUCCUGAAUUACCCAAGCAAGACAGAGAUGUCCUAAAACCAUCAACAUCCAGUGCUCCCUGGAGGCAAGCACGCCCUGCGACAGCAACGCCAGCACAAGCGGAUGGUACCGGGUCCACCUGCACAGACACCAAGGCAGAACAUCUCCCUGAAGCCCAGAUGACUCCCAGCUCACCCAACACCAGCUGUCCCCCCAAGGCUGAGCCAGCACCAUCGUCAGUAGAAGCACCAAGACCUCAUGGAACCGGUGCCAGUGGCUGGCAUCGCCUCAGGAAACACCUUAUGGUGCAGCCAGAAGCAACCAACUUCCCAGAGCCCAAGCCAGAAAAGCUGGGACAGGAGGAAGGGAACAAAGACAACGCUGCUCAAGCAGUCAUUAAGCAAGACUGCAUGCUGGUUAAAUCGAAAGCCAUGAGGAUGUGGGAUGCCAUUUUAUACCAGGUGACACUCACCAGGGAGAGGAAGCAGCAAGCAGAAGAGAAGAAGCCACAGAAGGAAGAAAGCUUCUUUCUUCCCCGGCGCUUACCCAUCCUUCUACACAAGCCGCGGUUUGACGCCCGGAAGCUGAAGGAGCUGGCUGCCAAGCCCAUGACAAAGAUCAGCACCGUGUUUGAGGUGAGCCACUUUCGGCCCAAGGGGGCCGAGGAGCACGCCAGGAGCUUCAACAGAACGGCGUCAGGGUGGUCGGUCAGCUGAAGGCAGGCUGCCCCACAGCCCUGGAGGGGCACCCGCCACCGAGACACUGCCCAGUGGAGCCAAGCAAAAGGAAAAAGGGAAACGAAAUAAAACCCCUCCAAGCCAGCAGCCCCAUGCUGCAGGUUUAAGGGUUACUCUCCAUACAUUUAAAAGCUCAAAUGCAUAACUACCACAUCCACAGGAAAACAAACGUGUUUGUUUUAACAAGUCAACAACAGUCAUGGGAUGCAGCAACAGAGUGAAGGGAGUGAAGGCACACAGUGAAGAGGACAAGCUGCCUAUAGAAAAAAGACCAGCUUAGAGUAGGACACUGGAAUCUGAAUUUUUUGUUGCAUUUAUCUAAGACAGAGAUAGAUCCUAGGAACAGCAACAGCUGUAGAUGAGAUGAAGGAAUCUCGGUUGCUCCACAUCCCUAGGGAGUCUUAGAAAGCAAACUCAAAGAGGAUACAUAUAAUCUCUAUCUCCUCUACUGCAAGUGUACCCCAUGCCCAUUUGCUGAGAGCAAAAUGGAAACUCAUCCUUUCACCCAAGGCACAGACAAGAGACAAAGUAAAAUAUCCUGCUCUCACCAAGCAGUUCCUCUGCCUAACAAAGUGGGCAUCAUCUGACAUCCUCCUAGGCUAGUGUGCUAAAUAAUAAUGCACAGAAGAGUUUUGUUUCAGUAAUCAGGUUCUAUUAUGUAUUUUACCAUGUUUUCUCCACAGUAGCUGACGGUUAAUGUUUCCACAAUAACCAACAAGACCCUGCUUUAGCAGGUGGGUAUCCAAUUCUGCAUUUAACAAGGUGCUGGUUUCUGAGGGGUUCUGCUAAUAACAUGUAGUCUCAUUUUCAGGGCGAGCAUCAUGACAGUUGCACACCUGCUUGUCCCUGACAUCCUGAAAAAAGGGCAUUUAAAGGAAAAUCCCCAAUUCUGCCCACCCACAGAGACAACUGGGCUUUCCAGUAUUGCCCUUUGCAACUCCAUGCCAGCAGGCUUGUGAGCAUGAAAGUUGGGAGAUGGGUUAUUUCUGUUUCACAAGGGACUUGGUCAUAAUCUGAGUUGUUCCUAUAUAGCUAAUAGGAGAUUGCUAUGUUCAGUCCAAAUAGAAUAUAAAGAGCUGCAUACAGAGUUUCCUUUUUUAUGUGCAGAGGAUAGGAACUGACCAACAGUUCCUCAAGCCAAACUGCAAACAGACUUAGAAACAAAACAAAGAGCCCCUUUUGCCUUUUUAUAAAUCUUCCUAUUUUGCAGUGAUGCUAUAAAAGCAGUUCAUUUAGCAAACCUUCACAUAAGUUUUCACUUUGCCAGUCUUAUCUCUAUUCUGUAACCCCUGCCCUACUCAAAGGGUAAGAACCAUGCAGGAAGAAUAACCCAGUUAUCUAAAGUGGGGAUUUCUUCAAACCCCCAGUUUAGAAAGAAAAAGGUAAAAGGAGGUUGGCAAUGUGCCAGUAAUCACAAGAGAAUGCUAUAGGUAAGCCUCUACAGGAUAAUUCAACAUUGCUGCAAGAGAAGGCUACAGAGAAACAUCCACACAGCACCACAAACAUAAAAAUUUAAAGAGUGCCGCGUAAAACACGUAAUACAGAUAAAGGCAACCUUUCCAGAGAGUGAUAAAUGGCACCUUCCUGCAGCACAGCCAGAUGGAUGUCUCUGCACAAAGGUCUGUAUGCACAAGAGCCACAGUACUGGCAUGAAGCAGAGCAGCCAACGUCAAUUACAUUUGGGAGACUAAGUGAAGGUGGUUUGAGAAGCACUGGUGCUUUAAAACAGCUUUUGUCCUGCACCAAGGACAACCACCCAGGGCAAACCAGCAAGCCUCACCUAAGGCUUAGGUUUUGCACCUGCUAGGCUUCUAAUCAGGCUGCAUUCACACCCCAGCCCCACUGCACACAGAUGAAGGAUGGGGAAGUUGUUCACUGGGGAGAGCAAUUCCCACAAGCAGAAGGAAUGUGACAGAGGAAGGCAGGUCUGAGUGUAUGGUUUAGUCCUUUUACCCCAAAAGCAAAGGGCAGAGGCACAUAGCAAGCAUGGCAAGUCCUGCAGAGACUGACCCUGACACAAGAGUACCACAGACAGAAGGACAUAUUCCUGUAGGCAACAGAUUUCUACCAAUGGCUGUUCACUUGGAAGUCAUUGUGGUGUGUUCCAGCCUGAGCUGCUGUGCUGUGGAAGAGAAGGGGAAUGCUACUGGGCACAGAAUUUGCCUAUUUUUCAAUGCCAAAUAGCAUCAGGCAGUUGUUAAGAGUCCAAAUUGACACUUACAGAAAACCCCUUGUUCCACAGCCUGCAGUGAGGUCCCGCAGCCCAGGAAGGGAGGGCAGGAGAAGAAAAACACACCCAUGUUUAAGUGACUAGAAAGCUGAUAAGGUGGUGUAACGCAAGUGACAGGGGUGAGCCGGAAGGGUUUUGGGGCAAGAAGGCCAUGACAGUGAUCCAGCAGUAGGGAAAAAGGAUGAACAUGGUGGGGGUGCAGAGGAGCAGGAAGCUCAGAGCAUACAAGACAGCUAAGAACUUCAGAACAGAAAUAAGCCAAGCUCCUUCAGCUGUCACAGCCAUUUUGCUAUUCAGAGCAGAAAAAAACCCAGUACUUCCAUGUGAACAAACCCAGAGAGCAACAGUGUUGUGCCAUGGAUGUUUUGGAAUGCCGAGUGGAUCCUAGAGGACAUCUUGUGACAAUUGCCUUUCAAGAAAGGAUGCUGGACAAAGACCAGAGCCAAAGGCACUUUCACUUGAGCUGCUUUGAGAAAUUUAGGUAGGGCAAACAAAACCUGCUGGCAACCUAGCAAAACCUGUUUGCUGUUGGGAACUUAAACUCAGUAGGUUCCCACCUGGUGCACUGAAACAGACUUCAGGAGAGAGAGGAAACUGAUCCAAGGGGACACCUUAUAAUAGGUUUCUCAAAGCCACAGACAGAGAAGCAAGUUGAGGAUGCAAGCUCUGUGGACUAGAAACAGUUUCAGGCAGUCUUGGGCUUGUACUGCUGCCCAUCUCAAAGUAGCAUUCAAAAGGGCGUCUCCUCUAAAUGGGCACUACAAAAGGAA